AUGAGCAACAAUGCCACGCGGCACACCGUGGACGAAACAUCUCCGCUCCUUGGCCGACCGGCUGGCAGCAGAACAGACCAGAAAUCAGUGUUGUCUGCACAGAGUCUGAAGAAGCAUUUCCAGGCUGAUGUAACCAAGAAUUGGGCAGAUCUGGUACUGCUGUUUUGUUACAUCAUCACAGGAUUACUAGACAGCUCUGCGGUCUUCAUCUGGGGCUCCUUUGUAAGCAUGCAAACCGGCAACACAGUCUACCUCGGUCUCGGCCUCAUCGCGCCCACUGAAGGAAUCCGCUGGCUCAAAGCGCUAACCUCCAUCCUCUUCUUCUGCCUCGGAAGCUUCACCUUUGCCCGCUUCCACCGCCACUUCUCCCCCGCCAAGCGCUGGGUCCUCAUCAGCUCCUACUCCUUCCAAACCAGCCUCAUCGCCCUCGCCGCCUCCAUCGUCACCUUUGGCAACCCCCCCUCCCCCUCCACCACCAGCAACUCCCUCCACUGGCAAGUCCUCGUCCCCCUCGCCGCCGUGGCCUUUCAAUCCAGCGGCCAGGCCGUCACCUCGCGCGCCCUGCAGUACAACGGCCUCACCAGCGUCGUCCUCACCUCAAACUACUGCGACUUAUUCUCCGACCCCGACCUCUUUUGCUGGGGUCUGGGCAACGCCGAGCGUAAUCGCAGGAUGGCGGCGCCCGCGCUGCUGUUGCUUGGGGCCUGUGGCGGCGGGUUGUAUGCCCAUAGUGGGGUUGGGUUGGCGGGGGCGUUGUGGACGGCGGUGGGUUUGAAAGCGUGUGCGGUUCUGGCUUGGGUGUUUUGGAAGGCGGAGGGGGAUGGUGUGGAAUAG